UCCUCUCCACUCCAGGAGGAGCUUUUUCGUUUCGGGAGGAGUUUCUUGCGGAAAUUAGCAAGUGUCUAAAAAGCAAAAGGGGCAGGUUAUACUGAAAGCAUAAAGACAGCGAACGACUUUGAGUGAGGAGCUGGAAUUUUUUUUUUUUACCUGUGACUUUGCAUCUUUUUCCAGAGUCGGCGUACUUUUGCAAAACUUGUGUCCUUUCAACAGAAAGAUCUGAGUGCGCGAUAGAAUGUCGGCCAGCGUGAAGAAUGUUGUCAUUUUUGGUGCGACGGGCAUGACCGGACUGGUGACUCUACCACAGGCAGUAGCUGCAGGCUACAAUGUCACUGUGUUAGUUCGUGAUCCGGCCAAGCUUCCUUCUGACCACAAAGCCUCAAGAGUUGUGGUUGGAGAUGUGUUAAAUAAGCAAGAUGUAAAAAAUGCCAUGGAAGGCCAAGAUGCUGUCAUUAUCAUUUUAGGAACCAGGAAUGAUCUGAGUCCAACAACAAUGAUGACGGAGGGUACAAAAAAUAUAGUGGAAGCUAUGAAGGAACGAGGCAUUCGAAAAGUUGUGGCAUGCAUGUCAGUAUUUCUGUUGUGGGAUCGAUCAAUGGUGCCUCCUCGUAUGAUACCUGUAACAGAAGAUCAUGAUGGGAUGUACCAAGUACUAAAGAGCUCUGGUCUGGAUUAUGUUGCAGUGAUGCCUCCUCACAUUGCAGAUAAUUUUCCAUUAACUGAGAAAUACACUGUUUUAGAGAAUGUGACAAGAGGCAAAGCAAUUUCAAAAUAUGACCUGGGCCAUUUCUUUGUAAGAUGCCUCUCCUCUGAUGAGUGGAACCACAAGGCUGUGUGGCUCUAUGGGGAGUACAGUUAAUGAUGUUCAUCGUGUUCAGUUCUGGUUGUUUUUUUCAGACAGGAAUUGCAUUUUUUUCUAAUCAGGUUUACUGUGCUGUUUAAGAUUUUAUUUUUUUUGAUCCUUGCUGUCAUACCAUUAUAUUGGUGUCUUUCUCUCUCUUGUAUUCCUUUUUUAUUUUCACCUCCCUUAAAUGUCCAUUUAGGGAGCCAGUGUUAAACUUUAGAAAUACACUGAAAAUUACAACGGAGGAUUCCUAAAACCUGAAUUUUGCUUUCUAAAACUAAUAUUGCAUUUUUUUUGCUCAGAGGUUUAUCCGAUGUUGCUAUGUUUUCAAAACACCAAUGUAAGUGUAUUUUUGUUGAAAACUAAAAAUUGAUUAUUAAUUUUCAUAGGCUGUCGACAUUUUCAGAUUUGAUUACAGACCAGUUUCUGAAGCAAACCAUUUACAUUUGAGAGUUAUUGGAUGUAGAGUAUGUUUAGAUUUCCUUUUAUGAUUCUGAAUAUUAACAAUAAAACUAAUUUCACCC